AUGGCGAUGCUGUCAAGAGAAAGAGCAUCCGUCGUGGUGCUGACUUUGUUCCUGUUCAAACUCUCCACCGCACUUGAAAUCCCGCUCUCAGUUCAACAGGUUCCGACAAUUACCAAACAGUCAAAAGUGCAAGUUGCUUUUCCGUUUGAUGAGUAUUUCCAAAUAGAAUGUGAAGCUAAAGGCAAUCCAGAACCAACAUUUAUGUGGACUAAGGAUGACAAAACUUUUGAUCUCUCUGACCCUCGGAUCAUUGUUUCCAAUAAUUCAGGAACAUUCAGAAUCCCAAAUGAAGGGCACAUAUCUCACUUUCAAGGAAAAUACCGUUGCUUUGCUGAAAAUAAACUUGGAAUUGCUAUGUCGGAAGAAAUAGAAUUUAUAGUUCCCAGUGUUCCAAAAUUCCCAAAAGAAAAAAUAGACCCUCUGGAUGUGGAGGAGGGAGACCCGAUUGUUCUCCAGUGCAACCCCCCAAAAGGCCUGCCCCCUUUACACAUUUAUUGGAUGAAUAUUGAGUUAGAACACAUCACCCAAGACAAAAGAGUGUACAUGAGCCAGAAGGGGGAUCUGUACUUUGCGAACGUGGAGGAGAAAGACAGCCGCAAUGAUUACUGCUGCUUUGCUGCCUUUCCAAGAUUAAGGACCAUUGUGCAGAAAAUGCCAAUGAAACUAACCGUUAACAGUUUAAAGCAUGCUAAUGACUCGAGUUCACCCACAGAAAUUGGUUCCAAGGCAAAUUUGAUCAAGCAAAGAAAACCCAGACUGCUGUUGCCUCCUGUGGAGACUUCCAGCUCCGCUGUCAUCAUCCUCAGAGGGGACACCCUGCUGCUCGAGUGUUUUGCUGAAGGCCUGCCAACUCCAGAGAUUGAAUGGAGCAAAGUGGGUGGUGAUUUACCAAAAGGAGAUGAAACUAAAGAUGAUACUGUCAAAAUACUGAAGAUAGAAAACGUCUCCUACCAUGACAAAGGAACAUACCGCUGCACAGCCAGUAAUUUUCUGGGAACAGCUAGUCACGAUUUUCAUGUUAAAGUGGAAGAGCCUCCUCGCUGGACAAAGAAACCCGAGAGUGCUGUGUACAGCACGGGGAGCAGUGGCAUUUUGAGAUGUGAGGCCGAGGGAGAACCCCAGCCCACAAUCAAGUGGAAAGUGAACGGCGCCCCUUAUGAGAAUCAUCCAUUUGCUGGUGAUGUGAUCUUCCCCAGUGAAAUCAGUUUUACCAACGUCCAGCCGAACCACACUGCCGUGUUCCAGUGUGAGGCCUCGAACACGCACGGCACCAUCCUCGCCAAUGCCAACAUCAACGUUGUCGAUGUUCGCCCUCUGAUCCAAACUGCAGACGGGGAAAGCUACGCGGCCGUGGUCGGCUACAGCGCUUUCUUGCACUGCGAGUUCUUUGCGUCACCGGAGGCCAUAGUGACCUGGCAGAAGGUGGAUGAAGUGAAACCCCUUGAGGGCAAACGGUACUUUAUCCAUGAAAAUGGCACAUUUCAGAUCAGCAAGACCACGGAAGAAGAUGCGGGGUCCUACUCUUGUUGGGUAGAAAAUGCGAAAGGAAAAACUGCUCUCACCGCCAACUUGGAUAUUAGAAAUGCUACAAAACUUCGAAUUUCUCCUAAGAAUCCCCGCGUGCCCAGAUCGCAUACACUUGAAUUACACUGUGAGGGCGUGUGUGACCCGUAUUUGAGACACAGUCUGAGGUUGUCUUGGAGCAAGGAUGGAGAUGCCUUUCAAAUCAAUGGCACAGAAGACGGCAGGAUGAUUAUCGACGGCCCCAACCUGACCAUCUGGAACGUCACUCUGGAGGACCAAGGCGUGUACUCCUGCGUGGCUCACACAGCGCUGGACCACACCACGGACAGGAUCCACGUGACGGUGCUGGAUGUUCCGGAUCCACCUGAAAACCUUGUCUUGUCUGAUCGACAGAACAGGAGUGUUCGGCUCACGUGGGAAGCUGGUGAUGACCACAACAGCAACAUUAGCGAGUAUAUUAUAGAAUUUGAAGGAAACAAAGAGGAACCAGGAAGGUGGGAGGAACUGACCCGGGUCCUGGGAAAGGAAACUACAGUGGAACUGUCUUUGGUUCCAUACGUGAGGUACCAAUUCAGGGUCAUCGCUGUGAAUGAGGUCGGGAUGAGCCCACCCAGCUCCCCCUCUGACCACCACGAAACACCGCCAGCAGCUCCUGACAAGAAUCCACAGAACAUAAGAGUUCAAGCUUCUCAACCCAAGGAAAUGAUUAUAAAAUGGGAGCCUCUGAAAUCCAUGGAGCAGAAUGGGCCAGGCCUGGAGUACAGAGUGACCUGGAAGCCACAGGGCGCCCCAGUGGAAUGGGAAGAAGAGACCGUCACAAACCACACCUUGCGGGUGAUGACUCCUACGGUCUAUGCCCCUUAUGAUGUCCAAGUGCAAGCCAUCAACCAACUGGGCUCUGGGCCCGAGCCCCAGUCAGUGACCCUCUAUUCUGGAGAAGACUAUCCUGAUUCAGCCCCAAUGAUUAACCACGUGGACGUGAUAAACAGCACUGUAGUGAGAGUCUCCUGGUCACCAAUUCCCAAGGACAGAGUACAUGGACAUCUAAAAGGAUAUCAGAUCAAUUGGUGGAAAACAAAGAGUCUGUUGGAUGGAAGAACACAUCCCAAAGAAGUAAACACACUAAAGUUUUUAGGACCACGAAACUCUGGAAUGGUUCCUUCCUUAGAUGCAUUUAGUGAAUUUCACUUGACAGUCUUAGCCUACAAUUCCAAAGGAGAAGGUCCGGAGAGUGAGCCUUACGUAUUUCAAACACCAGAAGGAGUACCUGAACAGCCAGCUUUCCUCAAGGUCAUCAAAGUUGAUAAGGACACUGCCACUCUGUCCUGGGGACUUCCCAAGAAACUGAAUGGCAACUUAACUGGCUACCUUCUACAGUACCAGAUAAUAAAUGACACCUCUGAGAUUGGAGAAUUAAAUGACAUCAACAUCACAACCCCAUCUAAGCCCAGCUGGCAUCUCUCAAACCUCAAUGCCACUACCAAAUACAAAUUCUACUUGAGGGCUUGCACAUCAAAGGGCUGCGGAAAACCAGUCACAGAAGAGAGCUCCACGUUGGGAGAAGAGAGUAAAGGUAUCGGGAAGAUAUCAGAAGGAGUAAAUCUUACUCAAAAGACUCACCCAGUAGAGGUGUCUGUACCUGGAGCUGAACAUAUAGUUCACCUGUUGACUAAGAAUUGGGUUGAUAACAAUAGCAUAUUUGAAGAUGUAAUUGAGACAAGAGGGAGAGAAUACGCAGGUUUAUAUGACGACAUCUCCACUCAAGGCUGGUUCAUUGGAUUGAUGUGCGCCAUCGCACUGCUCACCCUCGUCUUGCUAACAGUUUGCUUUGUGAGGAGAAACAAAGGUGGCAAGUAUUCAGUGAAAGAAAAGGAAGAUUUGCAUCCAGAUCCUGAAGUUCAGUCAACAAAAGAUGAAACAUUUGGAGAAUACAGUGACAGUGAUGAAAAGCCACUCAAGGGAAGCCUUCGGUCCCUCAACAGGGACAUGCAAGCCACAGAGAGUGCGGACAGCUUGGUGGAAUAUGGAGAGGGAGACCAUGGACUGUUCAAUGAAGAUGGCUCAUUCAUCGGUGCCUAUGCCGGAUCGAAGGAGAAAGGAUCUGUUGAAAGUAACGGCAGUUCCACAGCAACGUUCCCUCUCCGGGCAUAA